CGCGUGAUAUUGUUUGUUUAGGGUUGUUGGUUUGGUAGCUUUGGUUGUGUGUCAGAGUCAUAGAUUUUGGUUUCAACACCCGACAGCGAGGGGUCUCUGAAUAACUUCAAAAUUUUGUUUGCACUGAACAAAUCUACUUUCCUACUUUCAUCGUCAAUUUGCGUUCGUUUCCUCAAAAGCGUGCUCCUUUUGUUGCUGCCAACUUCACAAAAUCUUUCCAUUUUCUCUCUUCUUUUUAUUCCUAAUAUUUAUUAUUUCUUCUUAUUGGAUUGUCCACGCAUCCACUUUGGAAUGGUAAAUGGUGGGUUCUUCAUUGCUAAAAAGAAUUGUGAGAAGAAUAUUUGUUUAGUAAGUGAAUCAGGGAUGGUGCUUUCAUUUUCCUUCAAGGGGUUUUCGCCAAUUUCUCUAAAUUGAUGGAACAUUUGCCCCUUUCAUGUGUCUUGCUGUUAACCUAUAUAAAGAUGAUUAUUUGUUUUAUGGGGUUUGGGUAGUGACCAUGUUUGUGUGUUGAAUUGGCAAAAUGGAUUUAUGGGUUGUUGCAGCCGUUGCUGGAGCUGGGUGCUUAGCUAAAUAUUUGAACAAACUUUCGAAGAAUGGUGAUAACUUAUCUCAUUUGUCUUCAGAGGAUUCCAGUUUUGAGAAUCCUGAGGCCCCAACCCAUCCCUUAUGCACACAAGCAGGGAGAGAUUCUUUAGAUAGAAGGGUUUCAGAUGUGAAUUCACAGGGUGGUGUUUUUGCAAUAGAAUUGGCUUCUACCAAAGGGAUUGACAGUGAAAAAGUAAGGCCAUUCAGGAGUUGCAAUGAGAGUGACGUCCUUUCUGUAUCUAACUUUACUGAUAUUGGAUAUGGAAAUGAGCAAAGCUCCACUGUUGGUGGCAAUUGUGGUUUCCUUCUUCCGGAUUUCGGUGAUUUGUCUGCAGGAAAAUUAGGUCAUAAUGCUUUUGGAAAUCAAAUCUCUCACAGGACUAAGCAUUUGUAUGGGCAUAUUAGUAAACCUUCAAACUCCUUGGAAAGUUGCCUAAUGGCUCAGCUAUGCAAAGUGCACGGCAAAAUGAAAGAAUCCGUUUCGUUGUCAUCCACAGCCACGAGAUCAUUCAUUGUUAGUGAUGGAAGCCAAAUGAUUAGCAGAACAAAUGAUGGUGAUUCUUUCGAUGAACUAGCCGGAAGUGAAGAAUGUAGGUUGCAUAGAGAAGCCAGUAAAGUGAAAGAUGAGAGUGUACUAUUUGGAGUCCCUUCCUUACCAAACAUCAGGUCUUUCAAUGAUGCCAAGGAGAUGAAAUUUAAUGCAGGCAAUGGACGAAGUGGGAGAUUGGGCCCUUCCAGCAAUGUGUUCAGUGAUGCAACAUUUCUCUUCAGUCUUGGGAUUUCUUUCGGCAUAAUAACUUCCAUCUUGACAAAUAAAAGAGAAGUGGACAAGUUAAGAGAGUCGUUGAAGCAGACUGAAAACUUGGUUAAAGAUCUACAAGAGGAUCUUGAAAUGAAAGAUUCAACGAGGGUGAAGGAGUUACAUAAUGAAAAUUAUGUUUCAAAUAGUACUUGUGAUCAUUCCUUAUGUGAUAAGGAGCUAAAUGGAUUUUCACCUGAAAAGCACACAGAUAACUCUCCAAUAAUUGACCGCAAAAAAUCAUAUGAUCAGAAGGAAGAAGAUAGUUCAGAAUCUAUGAGCAAAAUUGAAGCCGAGCUUGAAGCUGAACUUGAGAGAUUGGGAUUAAACAUGAACGAAUCUAGCCCAGAAAGACCACUAUCUGAGUUUUUUGAGCUUGACCCUGAUUUUGUAGCAGAUUUUGCUGAAGGUGAGUUGCAAGCUGACAUGAUGGGCGGGAAACAUUUUGUCCAUUCCAAACUAAAUGAGGAUGCCAGUGACACUAUGAUCCCUGAAAAUCAUGCUGUUUGCCCUCAUGAACUAAGACUGCGCUUGCAUGAAGUUAUCCAAUCCAGACUUAAGAGACGUGUACAGGAGCUUGAGAUUGCUCUCGAAAAUAGCCAGAGGAAAUUACGGUUCAUGGAAUCAGAGCAUGAGAGUCAUUCCCCGAAGUGCUUCUCAGGUUGUGGGCAAGCUUUAUCCCUUACUGAAGGAAGAAAUAUAUUGACUUAUAAUGAUUGUGAGCCUAUGACCGAACCCUAUUCAUCUGGUGAAACUCUAGGUGCUUACAAUGACACCUAUUUUGAAGAAAUCAUAAAGAUAGAUGACUUUGAAGAAAAUUCACCACCAAGCAUCCAUAAUACUGACUACAAAGUAGAUUCACAUUCACAUGAUUUACAUGUAUUAGGGGUUCAACUUUGUGGAGCAAACGAUCUCGUUACUCAUUCCACUGUUAACGAAGAGAGACUAUCAAGGGAACUCUCUUCUGGUGAGGUCACAAUGUUGGAAGGGCUAAGCUCUACCAACUAUGAAUUAAAUGAUGUUACUGGAGAUGAAAAAAGUGAGUGUGAUUAUGAGGUGGAAAGGCAAUUAAUUAGACAAAUUGUUGAAAGAACCAAGAAAGGUUCUCCUGUCUUACAAAAUGCCAGAAGGAUAUUGUAUUCUAUGGAUGAAGAUGAACAUUGAUAUCAAAUACUUUUUAGGUGUGUAGAAAUGCUAGAGUAGGACAUUUCACUUUUUUUAUUUGGUGGUAUACAAGAUGUUACUUGUGAGUACAACAUUGCUUCCUUGCUCUUGAUCUUUACAUAUUUUGUUUGAUGAUAACCGCAACACUCUUUGCAUGAUCUGGA